AUGUCAAUACUUGAAUUGAGUUUUAAUCAAGAUAAUAUGACACAUUUGGAACUCUACUUAAAUAAUAUUCGAAAAUUAAUUCAUUGUAUAUGGACAUUAUCUUGUAUAAUUGAAGCUGGUCGAAUAUCACUUAGCGGUAAAAUAAAAGAUAAUUUUGAAAAAUUCUUUUUUUCGAUCUUUUAAUUUUAAAUGAUUGUAUAACACGUGACCAUUUUUCUACAAUACCAAUUGAUUUUGAACAAAAACCAAUCUUAAUUCAAUCAUUAAAUGAACGAGAUGUUAUUGUAAAUAAAAAUAAAGAUAAAUUAAUUUUUCUUAAUUCAUUGUUUAGGUAUUUCUAUUUUUAAGUGCACAACAAAGUGUACAUUCAUAUGAAGGAGAAUCAACAUUACAUCCAUAUUUACUUUAUUGAUCAAUAAAUUUAUGUACACAAAAUCAAAAAUAUUGGUGGCAAACAGCAAUUGAACAAAUGUAAAAUGUAUUUUGUGAAGAAAAAGUUUAUUAGUUUUUGCUUUUAAGUCCUUGGUUGGAAUUUAUCGAUAAUCUUGCAACAAUUCAUCUUGAUGAAGAAAGAAUUAAUCAUUAUCUACCACAAAUAAUUAUACUUCAAACUGCAAAAAUUCUUUUUCAAACAGUACAACUAAUCAUUGAUUAUUCAUCAUAUUUAUUUUAUUAUUAAAUUUUGAUUGAAUAUGAACAUUUUGUGCCUAUAUUUAUCGCCUCUUUUUCUUUUUUUCUACUUUUCAGUCUCAUCUUGUUUUCAAGAUCAAAUUAAUCUUUUUUAUGUUCUAUUUCUAAUCAAAUGAACUAACUAAUGUAACAAAGAACCAACAAAAAAAGAAGAACCUGUUUAUCACAAAAAAAUAAUAAAAAUGUCUUUACCCAACACUCUAAAAAAGAAAGGUACUUUACGAAACCAAAAAAGGAUCUGACUGCGGGCACAGCCACGGAACCUUUGCUGGUUUCGCAAGAAGAAGGUUUCGUAUGAAACUUUUUCUUGGUGAAUGGGAAAGAUGGUUCCGUACACAAGGUUCAGUACGAAACCUUUACCGGAAAAGUCUAAAAGGUUUCGCACAAAAGGUUCAGUACCAAACCUUUAUAGGAAAAAGCCAAAAAGGUUUCGUAGAAAAGGUUCAGUACAAAACCUUUCCAAAAUGAUGUUCAAAAGGCUUCGUACAAAUGGUUUCGUACGAAUCUUCCAAGGUAUUUACAUCUAAUGAGGUUGCGCGUGGAAAUGAUAAUUCGGUUUUGAGUUGAGCCUCUCUGCAAAAGGUAGUUAUCGGUGAGAUGAGAAAAAUUCCCGACGGAUGCCUUGCAUUAGCUCUUCUCUAGAGGAUUAUCCCUAUGUUACUAGAAUUUUAGUUGAAUGCUAACGAAGAAUCCUAUUUAGAUGUGAAUUUGAUUUUAAGUUCGAGCCAUUAGUAUCAGAUAGAUGUGAGACAAGUAUGAAAACCUCCAAAUGAACGAAGGCUCAUAAGUCUUCUCUCGAAAGUUAUAGCUAUUUUCUUUGAAUUUCAACCUAUAGUGCCGUAGAUAUCGGUAAGUGGAAGGAGAUUAUUUCUAUUUAAGAAUUUCUCCACGAAGCAGUUUAUUGAUGAGG